AUUACAUAUACAGGGAGGAUCAUUAUUAUUAUCUAUACAGGGUGCAGGCAGAUUAUAAGGGAUACAAUGAGCAGAGAGGGGAGCCCCAGACAAGCAGCAGUGCAUAGAGUAUAGAGUAUACAGGGGGAGGGGGAGGAGUACAUUAUAGACAGAGCGCGGGGCGGGCAGAGGAUACACUGGGGGAGGCUCCGGGUCGGUAUAAAGAGCCAGGCGCCCUCUAGUUAGCGGAAGUCUCCGUGUUUCCUCCAUCCGCCGCCCUCUUACAUCGGCCAUGAACCCCGGAACUGUCGGCCAGGCCUUCCCCGCGGUGCAGUUUCACGGUGGAGCCGCCGUUUUGGUUGAAAUCACUACAGACAUCCACAUCUGUGGCCUGUGCAAGCAGCAGUUCACCAACUUGGACUCCUUCGUUGCCCACAAGCAGAGCGGGUGCCAACUCAUCUCUGGCUCGGGAGCAACGAGUGCUGUGCAGUUUGUAGCGCAGAAUGAAGCCGGGACCCCAACUCAGACCUCUCCCCGGACCAUCACUUCUGAGACCCAAACCAUCACUGUUUCUGCUCCGGAGUUUGUCUUUGAGCACGGAUAUCAGACCUUACUGCCGAGUGACCACGCUGAGUCCCAGACCACGGAACGCGUCUCUCCACCCACCAAGUGCCGUAGGACAGUGUCGGGGUCCUCAUCCCGCAGGAAACACAGCUGCACGUAUCCUGGAUGCCAGUUCAAGACUGCGUAUGGGCUGAAAGAUCUGGAGCGCCACUUAAGAACUCACACGGGGGACAAGCCCCACAAAUGCCCAACCUGUGAUAAAGCGUUUAGCAGGAAGGACAAGCUGAAGACCCACAUGCGCUCCCACACGGGGGAGAAACCGUUCAAGUGUAAGGAGUGUGACUACAGGGCGGCAGACAGCAGCAGUCUAUGCAAGCACCAGAGAAUACACACCAACGAGCGACCGUUUAAAUGCCAGAUCUGUCCGUACGCCAGCCGGAACUCCAGCCAGCUCACCGUGCACCUACGCUCCCACACAGGGGACGCUCCCUUCCAGUGCGUCCUGUGCAACGCCAAAUUUAAAAUAAACUCCGACUUAAAAAGGCACCUGCGAGUUCACACGGGGGAGAAACCGUACCGCUGUGACUUCUGCAACUUUGUCUGCGCCAUGAAAGGAAACUUGAAGUCCCAUAUCCGGAUGAAGCACAAUGCAGAGACCACGUUUAAAUGCAUGGAGUGCAAUUUCCAGUGCGGCAGCAAAGCUGACUUGAGGCAUCACUUGCGGUCCCACCUCCCGGAGCAGCCGGUGAAAUGCGCCGAAUGCACCUACUCCUGUUCCAGCAAAGCCGCCCUGAAAGUGCACGAGAGGAUUCACUCUAAAGACCGUCCCUUUAAAUGCAACUUCUGCCAGUUUGAUACCAAACAGCGCAGCAACUUGACCACCCACAUAAAGAAAUGUCACGGUGACCAAGUUAAACCCAGAAAGAGCUCCCUGCACAGAAAAGAAGGGGGCUCCCCAAGGCUUUACACUUCCCGGAAAGGCACCAAGUUAGAAGCAAAAAAAGCUUUCAAUUGUGACCUUUGUGAUGCCUCUUUUGUUCGAGAAGACUCUCUGCGCAGUCAUAAGAAACAGCACACGGAGAUCAUCGCUGCCCAAAAGGCUUCAGGCCUGGACUUGAUCCCUCUGCAGAGCCAGGCCCCACGUUCCAGUACGAUCGCAAUCAGGAAUAUCAAGUUUCCCCCGGCAAUUCUACCUUUUGGGCAAGAUGGCGUAAAGCUCAUGUCUGACCAUCCCCUAAUAGAAGGUAGUACGACAGAGACCACGUCAGAGCCUGCUAGAGCUUUAGAUGGUGUGUCCAAGGUCCAAGACCACAUGGCGUCCAGCCAGCUCAGACUGUUGAGUCAGGUCAAUUUGAUAGCGUCGCCUUCUGCUGUCCAAAGUCGGACUGCCCAAAAACUUCCUUUACCUGAUAUGGGUAACAAUCCCAUCCAACAUCAUCUGGAUGAAAGUGCUAUGGACAAUGACCAGGAGACUAACGACGAGGCUUUUAUGUCCGCCUCCAGCAUCGACGAGUGCUCCGACCUUGAACGUCUUCGUAUAAUCAAAGAGGAGCCCAUAGAAGUGACAAUUGUUAGUGAUGCUGGAGACUAUAUCAGAAUAGAGGAACCUCAUCAGUCUCCCAUCUUCUCUCCGUCCCCCCUUGUUAACCCACCCAAACGCAGUUACAUCGUUGUCCAGGCAGAUCCUCACUCUGCUCUUCUGUGUCCAGCAGACUCCAUACCAGACUGAUCCCCCGCCUGUCUCUUUAUACCCAGUACAAUGAACACUGAAAUGUCUCUUUGCCUUGACAUACAGCUGUCUGUGGAAAUGCAUGAGCAAUGGUGGCGUCCGAUGAUAAAAACUGUUAGCAGCCUAGCAGGCACCGUGGUGGAUUAUACCAAUAAAAGUGGAGUAAACCAGAAUAAACCAAUUUCUUUUUUCUAAAA